GCGGAAGCGGCCGCCGGGGCGCUAGCACUGACGUGUCUCUCGGCGAGGCGCGGCGCUCCAGAGCGGGACGGGCGGCCUCGGAGCCGCGGUCGGAGCGUAGCGGAGCCGGAGCUGGAGCCCGACCCGGAGGCGAGCAGCCGCCGCCAUGGCGAUCAAGUUUCUGGAAGUCAUCAAGCCCUUCUGUGUCAUCCUGCCCGAAAUUCAGAAGCCGGAGCGGAAGAUUCAGUUUAAGGAGAAAGUGUUAUGGACCGCCAUCACCCUCUUCAUCUUCUUGGUGUGCUGCCAGAUCCCUCUGUUUGGAAUCAUGUCUUCAGACUCAGCCGACCCUUUCUAUUGGAUGAGAGUGAUCCUCGCCUCUAACAGAGGCACAUUGAUGGAGCUGGGUAUCUCUCCCAUUGUCACCUCCGGCCUCAUCAUGCAGCUCUUGGCUGGCGCCAAAAUAAUUGAAGUUGGUGAUACCCCAAAAGACCGAGCCCUCUUCAACGGAGCCCAAAAGUUGUUUGGCAUGAUCAUUACCAUCGGCCAGUCCAUCGUGUAUGUGAUGACAGGGAUGUACGGAGACCCUUCUGAAAUGGGUGCUGGGAUCUGCCUGUUGAUCACCAUACAGCUCUUUGUUGCUGGCCUAAUUGUCCUGCUUUUGGAUGAACUUCUGCAAAAGGGGUACGGCCUGGGCUCUGGGAUCUCCCUCUUCAUUGCCACAAACAUCUGCGAGACCAUCGUGUGGAAGGCGUUCAGCCCCACCACUGUCAACACCGGCCGAGGAAUGGAGUUUGAGGGCGCCAUCAUUGCACUGUUCCACCUGCUGGCCACACGCACAGACAAGGUCCGAGCCCUUCGCGAGGCGUUCUACCGCCAGAAUCUCCCCAACCUCAUGAAUCUGAUCGCCACCAUCUUUGUCUUUGCUGUGGUCAUCUACUUCCAGGGCUUCCGUGUGGACCUGCCCAUCAAGUCGGCCCGCUACCGAGGCCAGUACAACACCUACCCCAUCAAGCUCUUCUACACCUCCAACAUCCCCAUCAUCCUGCAGUCCGCCCUCGUAUCCAACCUCUACGUCAUCUCCCAGAUGCUGUCCGCCCGCUUCAGUGGCAACCUGCUGGUCAGCCUGCUGGGCACCUGGUCGGACACCUCUUCUGGCGGCCCAGCACGCGCCUAUCCCGUUGGCGGCCUUUGCUAUUACCUGUCUCCUCCCGAGUCUUUCGGCUCCGUCUUGGAAGACCCCGUCCAUGCCGUCGUGUACAUAGUGUUCAUGCUGGGCUCCUGCGCCUUCUUCUCCAAGACGUGGAUUGAAGUCUCGGGCUCCUCUGCCAAAGACGUUGCAAAGCAGCUGAAGGAGCAGCAGAUGGUGAUGAGGGGCCACCGAGAGACGUCCAUGGUCCACGAACUCAACCGGUACAUCCCCACGGCCGCGGCCUUCGGUGGGCUUUGCAUCGGGGCCCUCUCCGUGCUGGCUGACUUCCUGGGUGCCAUUGGGUCUGGAACCGGGAUCCUGCUUGCGGUUACCAUCAUCUACCAGUACUUUGAAAUCUUCGUCAAGGAGCAGAGUGAGGUCGGCAGCAUGGGAGCCCUUCUGUUCUGAGCCGUGGCCCCUGGACCAGGCAGAGGCGGCGUGCUCCACGAUGGCCAAGAAGGGAACAAGGAAGCCACGCUGUGGGCGCUGUCUCGGGGGUGCUGCUGUGGCCUGAGGACUUUGGUUUAAUAACCUGUUUGAAUUUCCCAUUCUUUCAUUCCACUUUCUAAAGUGCUAGAAAUUUU